AUGCCUCCAAAGAAAAGCGCGCCUAGGGCCGCCUCGAAGCCCUCGACAACCACAACCAAGGUUACUGCGGCAAAGGAAACAACCGUGGUCAAGACUGAAAGCAAAGGUCGUGCUUCGAGAUCCACCAGCUCUUCGAAGAGCAAAGUCACUUCGAAGAAGCAAUCUCAAGCUGCCGAUUCCCCUGCAAAGUCGCGCAAGGCGAAGACCGCGAGCGCAUCAACUGCGACCAAGAAGCGCAAGGCUCAAGAAGAUGACGAGGGACCUGCUCUUGAAACUAAAAAGGCACGUGUCACUAAGCCUCGCCCCGUAAAAACGAAACCAAAGGUAGUCAUCAACCAUGCGCCGACCACAAGAUUGAAUAUUUAUGUCUGUGGUGAGGGAAGCUCUGGCGAACUUGGGCUUGGCGCAGAGAAAAAUGCAGUAGAUGUGAAGAGACCGCGGCUCAAUCCCCACCUGCCAGCAGAUCGGAUCGGUGUUGUGCAGGUCGCUGUCGGCGGCAUGCAUUGCGUUGCCCUUACGCAUGACAACAAAAUCCUUACUUGGGGCGUCAAUGACCAAGGUGCUCUUGGGCGAGACACUACGUGGGAGGGGGGCUACAAGGACAUAGAUGACAACAAAGACGAUGCGGACUCGGACUCGGACUCGGAUGAUGACAGUGGUCUCAAUCCCUAUGAAUCGACACCAACUGCCAUCCCAUCUGAAGCUUUUCCUUCUGAUACCGUCUUUGUCGAAGUCGCUGCUGGCGAUAGCUCUAGUUUCGCCCUUACUGAUGACGGUCAGGUUUAUGGCUGGGGAACGUUCCGAAGCAAUGAUGGCAUUCUGGGGUUCGAUGCCCAACACAAGGUUCAAGUGUCCCCUACUUUGAUUCCGUCUCUUAAAAAGAUCAGACACCUUGCCUGUGGUGACAAUCAUGUCCUUGCUCUGGACGAGAGGGGUGCUGUUUUUUCUUGGGGAUCAGGCCAGCAGAACCAAUUAGGUCGCCGUAUCAUUGAGCGCAAUAGACUGAACGGUCUUCAGCCUCGUGAAUUUGGCCUACCUAAGAGUAUCGUCCACAUCGGCUGUGGUGCCUUUCACUCCUUCGCCGUGGAUAAAUCUGGGAAGGUCUACGCCUGGGGUUUAAAUAGUUUUGGUGAAACAGGUAUUCGCGAAGGCGCUGGCGAUGAUGAGGCCGCCAUUGUCCAUCCUACCGUUGUGGAUUCACUUUCCGGAAAGAAGAUUACCCAGUUGUGCGGUGGUGCUCACCAUUCGCUGGCUGUCUCCGAUGAUGGCGAAUGCCUUGCGUGGGGUCGAUUGGAUGGCUAUCAGACGGGUCUUAAGAUUGAUACUCUUCCUGCUGAUGCGGUUGUGAAGGAUGAACGCGGACGCCCGCGAAUUUUAAUUGAUCCCACACCUGUUCCAGGCAUCAAAGCCUCUCUUGUCGCAGCCGGGUCGGACCAUUCUAUCGCCAUUGACACUGAUGGUCGCGCCUGGUCAUGGGGCUUUUCGGCCACAUAUCAAACAGGCCAGGGUACUCAGGAUGAUAUUGAGGUUGCGACAGUCGUUGAAAAUACUGCUGUGCGUGGCAAGAAGUUAAUCUGGACCGGUGCUGGUGGUCAAUUCUCCGUCUUUGCAGAACCAGUCUCGAUGUGA